AUGGCCGAAGCCUUUACCACCGUUCCCGCGAAGUCGAGCCCUGCGAGGUUCAGAUACACCAAAGCCAACCCGGUGAAGGAUCCUACCACUUCAUUUGCUGGCAAGACCAUCCUAAUCACUGGCCCAAAUGCUGGAUUGGGCUUCGAGGCGGCCACAAAAUUCGCAAGGCUGGGCGCAAGCAAGUUGAUAUUUGGCGUUCGAUCGCUGGAGCGAGGACAGGAAGCGAAGACCAAGAUCGAGCAAUUGACCAAAUGCAAACGCGACGCUAUCCAACUGGUCCAGCUCGAUAUGGGGAGCUACGCGUCAAUUGAGAAGUUCGCCAAAAGUGUGACUGAUGAGUUCCCUGUCAUUCAUGCCGCCGUCUUGAAUGCGGGCGUUGCGCCGCCAUCGUACAAGCUGAGUCAGGAGGGCUGGGAGAUGUCCCUCCAAGUCAACGUCAUCUCGACCGCCUAUCUGGCCAUCUUGCUGCUGCCGAAGCUGCGUGAGUCUGGUAGAGCAAUUGGGGAGCCAGCCUACCUCGAGUUUGUGUCCAGCACAGGACACGGAGACGUCACCACCGAGAGUGUGCGCGACGGCAAAAGUAUCCUCAAAAAGGUCAAUGACCCAGCAAACUUCAAGUUUACCGCGCAAUACCAAAUCACGAAGCUUCUCGAGAUCUGGGCCAUGGAGCACAUUGCGGCGAAGACGUCACCAAAGGAGGUCAUUGUCAACUCGGCUUGUCCAGGGCUUUGCAAAAGCAGUAUCGGUCGGGACUUCGGCAUCGUGCUGCGAGGUCUCGAUGCCGUCUUCAAAGGCAUAUUUGCGCAGACAGCAGAAGCUGGAAGUCGCAUCUUGGUUAGCGCGGUCACUGCCGGAACAGACUCUCACGGUGGUUUCUGGGCUCUUGACGCGGUCUCUGUGCCGGGCGAGCUCGUCACCUCUGACGAAGGUAAGGCACUAAGCAAGCAAUUCUGGGCCGAGGUCUUGGAUGUUUUGAGAAAGCAAAACGCAGACGUUGAAGCUAUUUUGAAUGGUUAA